AUGAUGUGCUGUUUGUCUGCGGAAGCACGUGAACAGAAACAAAUAAAUCGUGAAAUUGAAAAACAACUACGUCUUGAUAAGAAAAAUCAACGACGAGAACUGAAGUUACUUUUACUCGGUACUGGAGAAUCGGGUAAAUCAACAUUUAUCAAACAAAUGCGUAUUAUUCAUGGUACAGGCUAUUCCGAAGAAGAUAAGCGCUCAUUUGUUAAACUUGUUUAUCAAAAUAUAUUCAUGGCAAUGCAUAUAAUGAUUCGUGCUAUGGAUACGCUCAAAAUCCAAUAUCGAGACAAACGAAAUGAACAAGAGCACGCGGCACUGGUUCGAUCAGUUGAUUAUGAAACAGUGACGACUUUCGAACCGCAAUAUGUCGAAGCAAUUAAAAGUCUUUGGAAUGAUCCAGGAAUAAAAGAGUGCUAUGAUAGACGAAG